AAUCGAGAAAAAGUUUUCAAUCGUAGAAUUUCGCUCGCGAUAAAUAAACCAAUUAAAAGUAAUUAAAACUCAAUUGUUUUGCAGUGUGAAACAAAUUUGAUUGUUGUAAUCAUUGCUGUGAUGUCUCACAUAGUGACGAGUGUUUGAAGUUCCCUUGGAAAAUGAAAAAUUUUGUCGGACAAUUAGGUUUGAUGCCGACGACAUCAGGUCAUUUGGGGCACCAACCAAAAAUCGAAUAAAUGUCAGUUAAAAUAUUGAUUAAUAUCAAUCUUAAAAAUGCGAGCUUAUUCAAUGUACACGAGUAAACGAAAAAUCUUAAUUCCACUUCCAAACACAGGCGCCCUCGCUAGAAAAAAGCAAAUUUUAUUGAUUCGCAUAGCAAUCGCUUUGUUCGUAAUAAUCUUCAUUAUCAUACAGCUGAAUGUAAUCAAUUAUGAUUUUCGUCAGCCUAUUGCUGCUGAAGUCACUACAAACAACGACACGUCAAAAGCAAUAUUGGCCGCAAUUCCGCUCGUACUUCAUAAAUAUUUAAAGCCAAAGAACAACUCACAAGCCAAUAAUGCGAGUCAGCCGUCAAGUGCUGAGAGAUAUCAGUUGGUGAAUGCAAGUGAGAUUCAACGUUCCAUCGAGAAAUACAACGAAUAUCAAACAAUAAUCAAUGAAGAAAUCUUUGGACCUCUUAUGAAUGAUUCCACGAUCAUUGUUGUUCAAGUCCACACAAGAAUUACAUAUUUACGUCAUUUGAUCGUGAGCUUAGCUCAAGCCAGAGACAUUUCCAAAGCGCUUUUGAUUUUCUCACAUGAUUUUUACGACGAAGAAAUCAACGAGUUGGUGCAAAGCAUCGAUUUCUGUAAAGUGAUGCAAAUAUUUUACCCAUUCUCAAUUCAAAUGCAUCCAAAUGAAUUUCCUGGAACUGAUCCAAGAGAUUGCAAACGUGACAUGAAGAAGGAACAAGCGUUGAUCACCAAAUGUCAAAACGCUCAAUAUCCUGACAUUCACGGACAUUAUCGCGAAGCUUCAUUCACUCAGACCAAACACCACUGGUGGUGGAAGGCAAAUCGAGUCUUCGAUCAGCUCGAAGUCACCAGACAUCACACAGGUCUCGUGUUAUUCCUGGAAGAAGAUCAUUACGUCGCUGAAGAUUUUCUUUAUCUUCUUUCAAUGAUGCAGCAAAAAGCAUUUGAGCUCUGUUCAAAGUGCAACAUCAUGUCGUUGGGAACAUAUUUGAAGACUUUCAAUUAUUACACAUACGGCAACAACCAUAAAAAGGUUGAAGUAACGCCAUGGAUAAGCAGCAAGCACAACAUGGGAAUGGCGAUAAACCGCACAACAUGGCAUGAAAUUAAGUCAUGUGCGAAAUACUUUUGUUCUUAUGAUGAUUAUAAUUGGGAUUGGUCAUUGCAACAUACCAGUCAUCAAUGUUUAAAAAAGAAAUUAUUUGCAAUGGUCGUGAGAGGUCCGCGAGUUUUUCAUAUUGGUGAAUGUGGUGUUCAUCACAAGAAAAACAACUGUGAGUCUAAUCAAGUUAUUUCAAAAGUACAACAAGUUAUUAAUGUCGCCAGUAAAGCUGGUCAACUUUAUCCAAAGAAUCUCAUGUUGACGGUUACGAGUGUGAUUAAGAAACAGAAAAUUCGAAAAGGAAAUGGUGGUUGGGGUGAUCGACGUGAUCAAUUGCUAUGUUUAAACAUGACAUUGGUCGUUAGAUAGAUUGGCAGUUUUAUAAUCAUAAAGGAUCUGAUUUAAGAAUCAAAAACCAGUUCAUGGAGAUGUGAUAAAAUUAUACGAGAUCUAACUCUUUAUUACGAUCUCGAUGAAAAAAGACGUUUGAAAAUCAUCAAGACAAAUUAUAACAUUCACAAUGUUUUGUUUUCUUUUUCCUUCGUUUAUAAGAUGACGAGUCAUGGAAGCUAAAAAGUCUGUUAACAGUCAACUCUCGAUAAAAAUGUUUCGAAGAGUACGAAUAAAUAUAAAACGAAUACGAAUUUAUCGAGAUUUCUUUUACCGAGAGAGUUUUCUGUAUUUAAAAUUCCAUCCAACAAUAUUGUAAGCAUUUAAUUUAGAUCCACAAAAAGAGAAAUUUUGUUCAACCAGUGAUUCUCAUCGACAACUUUGUUGCAAGAGAAUGUUUUAAAUCUUUUCUAAUCAAGUCAUAUCGUCACUAUUAUCAUCUAAUAAUAAUUUCUAUUUAAAAUAAUUAAGCAUGGCACUUGAUGUCAAUCUCGCCGCGCAAAUUAACAAUUUUCGUCGGUGUUAAGUUUCCUUAAAAGAUAUUUUAUAAAUCUCGAACAAUUUAAUUUGAUUGGUUGUUGCCAUGUUUAGAAAAGAAAGAAGUUUGCUAGUCGAAUUGGGAAAAACCUUUCAUAAGGAACUUUUAUUUAGUUACCAAGACUAAGUGACAUCACAAAUUUAUUCUUGUGAAGCGAAACUCGAUUUUUAGUUUCGUAAGAAAUUUAAGAAUUCAGUGAUUCUGAAAGAAGAUGAAACCAGAUCAAUAAAAAAGAAAUAAAAGAUAUUCAUGAACAGUCCGCAUAUUGAUGAAUCAAUUUGUUAAAUUGCAUUUCAUAUCAUUUUUCAGCAUGACAGAAAAUGCUGAAAGCCAAUUGAAAUGUUUUUUAAUUGAAGUGUUGAUGUGUACGCGGCAGGGAUGUUGAACUAAAAAAUAAAUUAUGUUAAUUUACAACCGUUGAAUAUUAAAAGCAAUGCCAUUGUAAUGAAAAUUUUAUUUGUUGCGAAUUAAUUAUUAUCACUUUUUGUGUUCUUGUUUUGUAAUUGUUCAGCAACACAAAUUAUUCAAUUGAUUCAUUGAAAACAUCAAAACCUAAUAAAAUUCUCCUUUUUUUAUACAAAACUAUCUACCAUAAAUUAAGGUCAUAAAAAUCCAAAAGUUACAACAUAAUCAAAAGUAAUAUUCGAAAAGAAUCGAGGGAAAAAUGAAAUUCCCACGAUUUUGAUGACGAAUUGAUUUCGUGAAGUUUUUAUUUUAAUCUUGCUGAUUUAAGCGAUUUUAAUCUUUCCGACUGUUAAUAAAUAUUUGUAAAUAUUAAAAUUGGAAAAACCGAAAACAUAAGAAUUAAUUUUGUGUUGUCAAAUAUAAUUGCCUCAGUGUGAAAAUUAUAAAAAAUAAAAGAAAAUUAAUGAAAAAUUUCAGGACAAAUUUUUGAUGACUGUUUGCAUUCUCUUUCAGUGACUUAUCAUUUCACUUAAAGAUCAUUUCACUUCAUUGCGAAUAACAAUGUUAUGUACUUAUGUAUUUACUGUAUGUUUUCACUGUAUUAUGUAUUUACG